AAUAGACAUUCUGCAAUACUCUUCAGACGGGCAUCAUUGGUAAUAUUGUCACAAGCCCUUCCUCUGAAUAUUGAUUUUUGCACCCACUCCACUUCAAUCCAAACCCCGUUAUUAAUAAGACCAAUCAACACAUAAAUUAUUAAUCUCUAUUGACUACUCUUUCAACCCUUUUUUAGUAUAAAUUGUUUGCUUCUUUUUUGGAAAAGCCAGUUGUAGGAUGGAUCUUCAUCCAGUCAACACCUCGAUUAGGUUUUACGCAAGUUAAAAUCUGAAUUGGUAAUCUAGUGAAUAGAAUACUAUGGAAAUUAGUUAAGAAUAUUCUUAAACAAUAUUGUUUGAAUCCAAAUCCAAGUGAAGAGAAUAUAAGAAUCUAUUUUAUGUGUUAUGAAUGUCUAGUGCAUGAAAUUCUGGAAUAAAUUUGUACCAUGGUCGAAACUUCAAUGGGAAAUGGAGGUGAUUGAAGUUUAGCACCAUGUCUCUAUCUGGACUACUCAGCAUCAAUGAAGUGAACGAACUGGAUUUGGAUCAAUUCAUUUGGCUGUUCGGAAAUGUUAUCGAGAAACGCACACAGGCUUGCAACUAUGUCUUUGAGAAACGUCCAUUCCAGAGUGCCAAACACAUAAUACUUUUAUACUCAAAGUAUCUCGAUACCUUGAAACAAUGCGAACAAGAGGAAAUUCUGCAGUCACAUCCUGACCUGGGAGCAUCUUGUAAGAUGACAGACGAAUCAGUGAGAGAACAAGGAAGUUGUGGAAUCAACGAUUUGGAACAAGAAGAAAGGGAAGAGCUUAGCGAACUUAAUUUGAGGUACAAAGAGAAAUUCGGAUUUCCAUUUGUGAUAUGUGCGCGACAAAACAAGGCGGAUUCUAUAUUGAGUGCGAUGAAAAUUCGUUUAGAUAAUGACAGAGAUGUAGAACUGAGGACUGGUAUUGGUGAAGUGAAAAAAAUCUGCGCUCUACGUGUGUUCGACUUAGUAUGGCACGACUGAUAUAAAAGUUAAUUCGUCAAUUAAUUGUAAAUUUUUAACAUUUUUUUUAUCAUAAUAAUUUCUUAUUGGAAACCAAAAAGUACAACACGUAAUGUAGAAACGACCAAGAAAGCUACGCUUUUCCAAGUAUACUGAAUAUAUUUUGUGAUUUGAGAAAAUAGUGCAAUUUGUAUGCCUACUAAUUGCACCUCUUUGCAGUAGCAAGUUCACAUAUUACUCUAUUUUCAAUUUACAUUUAUAAAGCAUGCGAUUGAAUUUGAUAAAUACUAUUUUAUGAAGGAAAAAGAAAUGUUGAUCGAUAUUGUAUUUGUGAUAUUUACUCCCAAUUGAACAUGUUUUAACAUAAAUCCUAUUUUGUAUGAGACAAGUGACAAUUUAACGAAAUGAAAUUAUGUGACUCCAAUUAUUUUCAUACGAAGAUAUAACUUGAAAUAUAACGAUUUGAAAAAGAA